AUGCCGAACGCUGAAAGCACACUGUACUCGCAAGGAGUCAACUUCGGAAGCUUUGUCCAAGAGGGUGUUGAUGCUCGAACGGGACAGUACACCUCUUCAAUUGCCCUGUAUGAGGCCCCAGCAAAAGCACGUAACUGUGCACCCUUCAAGCUAUCCCUAAGAUUCAGUCCCCUAAACACAGCAAAUAUUGGCUUUGGCAAGGGUUGGUCGUUGAACCUUUCUCAAUACCAACAUAGUGCACCACGCAGUCUUGUCCUCUCAACCGGAGAGCAUUACAAAGUCUCCAAUACUGGAGGUUUACGCGUCGAUGACCAGAAGCUGAAAAGUUUCAUAUUUCAGCAAAAGGGUUCUGACUUUGAGAUCAUCCACAAAGAUGGCAAAAUUGAAGUCCUUUCUAACGCCCACAAUGUCUAUAAUACCAGUGUGCCUGUCAAGCUUUAUGCUGCCAAUGGUCGAGCAUUGACUCUCGUCUGGAUGGCUGUGAGUGGUCAACCAAGACUGACCAAAGUACAAGACGGCGAUGAGGUUUUGCUACAGAUCAAAUACAGAGACCCUCACGUGGAGGUCAUUCAUUCUCCAGAUUCUGCGAGCCCCUCUACCUUCACUGCGGUAAUUAGAGAAAGUCAGCUUCAGGAGUUUUGGCUGCCAUUGACGGAUAGUUCGAGAUGGAGGUUUACUUACAACACUUACGGGCCGCUUAUUUGUCUUUCCAACAUACAUAGCCCUCUAGGUUUGGUGGAAGAGGUCACUUAUGAUUCAUCCGGCCUUUUAUUACCACCUGGAGGUCCCUAUAAGUCUCUUCCGGUAGUCAGACAACAUAUUAUCAAGCCUGGAAAUCAACAACCGGCCAUCAAGACGCUCUACGACUAUUCGACCAACAACUUCCUUGGAUACGGAGCAGUUUCGCAGUGGAAAUACAGCGAAGAUAAUCUAUACCACGUGAGCGAUAGCUAUCAAUACUACACCACCGUUUCUGUCAAUGGUGGCCAAAAAACAAAAUAUACCUAUAACAGGUUCCACUUAAUCGUCGAGACCAAGCAGGAUCAGAAUGGAAAGCAGAUUACGCAAACUAUUGACUACUAUGCCAUACCAAAUAGAGCAUUGGAGAAUCAGCCAGCUCAAUUUCAACUGCCAAAAUGUGUGAAAACAACAUACUGUGAUUUAGCUACUCCAUCGCUGUCUAGAGUAGAAUCAACUUCUCACGAAUACGACGAAUGGGGCAACCCUACUUUAGACAUUCAGACAGAUGGCGUUACGACAAAACGUACUUACUAUCCGCCGAACGGGGAGACUGGUAAAUGUCCGGCUGAUCCACAUGGAUUUCAGCGCUAUCUAAAAGAGCAAACUAUCAUACCUCCUGAUAAGCAAGGCCAUGCUCCGACGUGGACUACGAGCCACACUUAUAGUGAGAUGCCAACAGCUAAAGAUGCGCCAGCACCAUCAUUUGUUCUCCUACAACAGUCGCAAUCUUUUGCGGAUAAUGACCCGUGCAACUGCAAAAUUGACAAAACGUAUGUGAGUCAGUCGGACGGAAGGGAUCAUGGCCGUUACAAGCAACAGACGUCAACGCUGUACGAGAAGUAUCCUAUGGUGCAAACAUGGAAUUAUCAGUACGAGGGUGGUCAAUUGAGCGAAACGACGCAGUUGAAAAGUUUUGAUGAUCUCCAGAUUAAUAAUAAAACAAACUUUUCCUUGGCCGAUGGAUGGAUUAUGAGCCAUGUAGAUGAAGCGGGUGUUGAGACACAAUUUAAAUACGAUCAAGUUGGCCGGCAGAUCAGUACCACAGUUUCUCCUGGAACAGUAUAUGAAGCAACACAAACUCAUGAAUAUGUUCUUUCAGGUGAAACAGCAGGAUACACUGUUACGGUAACUGACGCCAAAGGACUGAAGACCCGAUCAACCACAGACGGCCUGCAGCGGGUCUGCCAGAUUGAAAGACAAGAUGAUGAUGGGGAGUCGAAACUGGGCGCUUACACAGGCACCUUUCGCAUUGUACAGGAAAAGAAUUACAAUGCACUUGGUCAAUGCACUAGAAUGACAGAUAUUGACUGGUUGAGGGCUUCAGAGGAACCGAAGAAACAGUCCGCCAUUCAUGACUAUGAAUACAAUGACUGGGGUCAGGUUUGCAAGGUUACCGAUAGUAAUGGAGUUGUCACUUUGGCAGCUUCAGAUCCAAUUACGCAAACCUAUACCGAGGGUAUUAAAGAUGAAGGCCAAAAGAAAGCGACUUUUGAGUCUCAAGAUCAUCUCAUCCAAACGGCGCUUCUGAAUGCGCAUGGUAGCAUGUAUAGCAGCGUUAACUACACCAAUGACGGUUUGGGUCGAAAAGUCCAAGAAAAAGACAGCCUUGACAACAACACCCAGUACAUUUACGACUGCUUCAAUCGAGUGAAGAAGACAACUUGGCCAGAUGGUCGUAUGGCGAGAACUCAGUAUGCAGGUCACAGUACUGACCCGCUGCCUGAGUCUAUCCAGGUCUCGGACAUCACUCUAGGCCAGCAGCCUUUCGACGGACUUAGUCGUGCAAAGAGCCAGCAAGUAGCCAACCGACAAACUCUCCUGUCAUAUGAAAAUAGCUCGCCUAAGCCUAGCGAUAUCACGACGCCUAGAAAGGACAAGGUUCAUCUGGAUUAUGAGAAAGCUUUGAAUUACGCUCUGAAGGACCUGAGAACAAGUGAUGAUCCAUGCAGCUACCACUAUGAUCCGCAAACAGCUGAAGUUUGGAAGAGCGAGAAUACAUACUGUACAGAGGAGUUAAAAUAUUUGCCCUCAGGAUUGUUGAAAUCUGAAAGAAUCACAAUCGGAAAGGAAACGAAGACACAAUUUUCGACAAAAUAUUCCUACUCCAUGAAUGGCAGACUCCAAGGUUACACUGAUGUCCACGGCAAAGACCAAGUGUUAGAUUAUGAUGAUUACGGACGACUGAAACAGCUAUCUCAAGGACCAUUGGCAAUUACCCUCAGCUAUGAUAACGGAAAUCGCCUCGCACAAAGUAUCGUGCAUGAUAAACAGAAAGAUAAAAAGCUAACGACGGUAUUGAAAUACGAUGAAUUUGGACGCGAGAUCGAGCGCACUAUCUCCCGAGACUCCAAAAUAAUGUAUGUCUUGAACCAAAAGAAAUAUGACACAGAAAACAGAGUCAAAAGCCGUGAAUUGAGAGACGGCAGUGGAAAUGUGAUUCGACAGGAGACUUUUCAGUAUGACAGUAUGGGUCGCUUGUUUGAUUAUGUAGCCCAAGGAAACGGAAUUUCGAUUGAUGAACACGGACGCCAAGUGCUCCAUCAGCAAUACCUCUUCACGGAAGUUGGCGGUCUGAAGCAGGUUACUUCUUACUUCCAAGAUGGGAGUCAGAACAUCACUGAUUAUACGUAUUCUGAUCAUGACCCUUGCCAGCUCAUUCUGAUCACGAAUACGCACCCGGAUGACAACCCAAAGAUUGAACUUGAAUAUGACAGCAACGGAUGUUUGACUCGGGAUGAACAGGGUCGUAUUAUCGAAUAUGAUACUUCUGGUACGCUGAAAACAGUACGUAAUAAGGAUCAGACAGUCUUGUGUCAAUAUUACUACGACUCCCAUGGCAGGUUACUUACCCAGGAAGUACCAGGCAAGUCAGAUCAUCACCUUCAUUACCGAGGAGACACAAUAGUUGCAGCAACUAGUGGGGACACCAAGAUUAGCUAUGUGUCAAGCGGAGAUCAACACUGGGGUCAGAUUCUCCAGGAGAGUGAACAAACGACCACCCAGCUGUGGGCUUCCGAUAUUCACCAAUCUACUAUUGCCUGGUUAGACACAGAUAAACCAUCUGAAAUCCAUAGUCAAGUCUACAUGCCUUACGGGUUUUCCCGUCACCAGUCUGCUGUCGGGUGGAACGGGCAAUGGCAAGACCCUGUCACAGGCUGGUAUCAUCUCGGGAAUGGUUAUCGGGUCUAUAACCCCGUUCUGAUGCGCUUCCACAGCCCGGAUUCCUGGAGUCCCUUUACCUCUGGAGACAUAAACACCUACGCCUACUGUUGCGGUGAUCCAAUCAACCGAAUUGACCCCUCGGGUCAUUUCAGCAUAUUUGGUAUCCAGAUAACAUGGCGCAAUUUAGCCCAAGCUAUCGUUGGACUUGCGCUGAGUGUUCUGGCAGGCAUUCUCACUGACGGUGCAUCAUUAGCAAUUGAAGUUGGUGUCGAUCUUGCCGUUGCUGUUGCAUCUGAUGUGGGGACCGGCGCUGUGUAUGAUGUUGCCGCAGGAAGAGUGCCUAAUAUGCAGAGUGUUGGGAGCGAUGUCCUAUUUGGAGGUGUAGGAAAUAUGGUGGGAAGAGGUCUGUCCUGGGGAGCCAAAAGAGCUUUUAAGUCAGUGACUGAAACGCUCGAACAACUGCUUGUCGGCGCGGAGAAGCUACGCGUAGCAGGUGGUAAACCAGUUAUGCCUAGUCAAAUGGGCACCAUUCGCUCUUUUAAGCGAUUUAAAUUACAGGCUGAGCAAUUUAGCGAGUUCAACUCGUGGAAUAAGAUGAGCGCUGCAGAUAAGAAGCUUUUCAACAAAGGUCUGGCGGAUAUGAAGGCUAAAAUCGAUCAAAUAGAAAGUAGAGAAUCCUGGACAUGGGUUCAAGCAAAAGAUUUGCCAAAUGUUGGGGGGAAAAAUGGUGCAGCAUCGCAGAAACUUAUCGACUUCCGUAGAUUGGUACGGGAGGAGAGACUCAGUCCCGUAGAGGCAGCAAAGAGGGCAGGUGAUACGAAGUUAACGCUGCUCAAAGGAUCAAACCCGCCACAGUGGGAGAUUAGGACUUCCGGAAGCGAUAGGGUCACUUUUCGCAUAGACCAUGAAAGUAGAAAGAUCACUAUCCAGCAGGUUGGCGGGCACACUUGA